UGUUCUUUGAAGUUAAUCUGAAGUUUUCCUAAUUUGACCAGUUGUUCCUGUUCAAUAUGAACUUGGAAAGUGAUAAGUUUCAAAUACAGGGAAACCCUGGAAUUAUAAAUGGGCAAUCCUGGCAUCUGAGAAGAUCUCUUAUAUACUGGAGAUGUCUCCAGCAUCCAGAUCUAAGUCCAAAGACAAAAGGGUGGGCAAGGAACCACCGAAAGCUUCUUCAAAGUCUUCAGGACCCGCCAAUGCUGGCAGUAGUAUCCCAGCCAGUGCAUAUGAUCCAGUUUUAGGAACAUUCCAUGGCCUUGAACCAACACCAGUGACAUCUGCCCCACCUCUUCAAAGUAAUGGCCGUUUUCGUAGCAUAGAUGAAACUGAUGACAAUUGUGGGAGCUCACUUGGAACGGGAGGUGAAUAUGAUGCUGCUUCCAAUAAUGGUAGCUGGUCUGGUGAGUCUGAAGAUCAUAAAGAAAAAGCAUCUAAUCCACCUGUCCGACAGGAGGCAAUACCAGGAGCUGACAAUGACAAAAGAGAAAAAAUCCGUCAGAAGAAUGAGAGGAAGCAUCAGCGUCAGAAGGAGAGGAGAGCCCAGGAACUGCAUGAGCGAUGCAGUGGCUAUCUGAUGUCGAGAAAACUAGAAGCACUUGCCCAACAGCUUGUGGCGAUGGGGUUUACUUCUGAACGUGCUACAAUGGCUCUCAUAUUAAAUGAAGGCAGAGUAGAAGAAUCAGUUUCGUGGCUGUUUGAAGGGGGUGAAGAAGCAGAUAAACACAAGAGUGAAAACCUUGAUGGUGGGAAUAAUUUGAAAAUUGACAUAGCAGAAGAGCUUGCUCAGAUUACAGGCCUAGAGAUGAGGUACAAGUGCUCAAAGCAGGAAGUUGAAAGGGCUAUAGUUGCCUCUGAGGGUGAUCUUGCGAAGGCAGAAGAAACCUUAAGAGCACAGAGGCAAGACCCACCUUCCACCCCACCAAACUCAGAAGAAACUGAUGAUCCACCAACCAUUACUAAUGGUAAGCUUCCAGUAGCUGUUAGCCAGAACCCUUUGAGGCAAUCAACAAAGUCCAAUUCAUCUUCUACAAUACAACAAAGGAGAGAUGAAAAAGACUUCAACUAUACAAAAUCACCUGCUACUAUAGGGACAUCUUCCGAACCUGGAAGUAAAAAUGUGCAACCUUUGAAGGGAACGCAACCUAAGUUGGAGUGGGCAAGACAACAACAAAUAGUAAUGCAGGAAGACAAAAGGUUGCUGACUGCUGGGUCAAAUUCUUCCCACUCAUACACAAUGGCUUCACCACUUCAGGUGUCACAGUCACCAGCCAAGACGGAGACCCGUUUUGCUGCUGUUGGGAAUGAAUUUAAGAACCUACAGCCAGGACCAGUUAGGGAACCAGUUAUUGUCAUGCAGCGGCCCCAAUCUAUCAAUUUAAAGCAUGUCUCUUCUACAAGCAUGAACUCAUCCCCUCCAGGAACAGCAGCUGGUUGGUAUCAUAGUAAUUUUGAAAUUGCCAAGUCCAAUGGGUUGUCACCUAACAUCCCUAGCACCAGAAACCUCAACCUGAAUGAUCUUAGUGCAAAUCAGUUGUACCACCAACAUCAUUAUCAAACACAUCAACAACUCAUGUCCGGUUCAAGCCCAGCAGAGUCCCCAGGAACUCACCGGGGAAAUGGUUCACGGAGCAGAAUGAGUACAUCUCCAAGCCUUGCUGCUGCCUCCUCCCUUGGACUUUUCUCUGGAUUGGGUUCAACUGUCUCGUCAGGGUCCUCCUCUCCUGUAGACUGGAGCACUGGUGGCCAAAUGCAACUGUUAGACUACACGAGCAUAGAUUGGACGUUGGAUCGGAAUUUGUCUAAUGGGAGACCCAGUGGGGGAUUGUGGCAAGGGAUGGCUUCUCUGGUGAACAACAAUGCUUACAUGCAUGAUUCAAAUGCAUCAGUAGUUGUUGGUAAUCCUACCAUGAGAAUCAUUCCUCCCAAUGGGAAUGGAAUCCCAAUUCCAGGCCUGCAGGGCGGUGGAUCUGCUAAUGCCGAAGCAUCCGCUGGUAGCUCUCGAGAGUGGACUUCUCCUUUCGAAGAGAGAGACCUUUUUAGCUUGCCCAGAAGGUUUGUUUUUUCGCCUACUCUGUAGAGAGGAUGAGUGGGAGGGAGGGGUCUAGAAGAAUAACAUGAAAAAAAAAAAAAAAAAAUGUGCUUGGAUUUGAUAUGUUGAUGUCGUUCUUGUAAUGCAGUCGUGUCGUGUAUUGGUGGACAAUCUUUUAAAUGGAAAGAAAGCUUCUAAGAGUCCUUUGGUUGAUAGCUCUCUUUCACUA